AUGUGGAAUCACUUUAAUACAGAUGGAUCCAGGACUAUAACUCACUUUGAAGGAUGGCAUACAGUUCUUAAUAAAGCUGUUGGUAGAUUAAAGCCAAACAUUUUUAUUUUAAUUAAAGAGCUAAAAAACCAACAACAAAAUUCCGAACUUGACAUCAUAGCGCAAAAAAAAUUCAAUCGGCCACAAAAAAUGAAUACUAAAUACAGAAAAUUGGAGGAAAUAUUAUCAUUUGCAAAAGAAAGGCUACAAGAUGGUACUAUUUGUAUUAUGGAAUAUUUGGACGCAAUCAUGUUCCAUUUGCAUCUUGAAAACAGAAGAUAA